AUGGUUCGCCUUGCCAACAUUCCCCGCGCGAUUCUCCCACCACGGCACAAGACAUACGAGACUGCCGACGCAUGGUAUACGGCCUUGGCCGAGAUGCACAUUGGGCAACUCAUAUUUCAGCACAACGACGUCGUCAACUCAGAGGACGACUGUCGAAACAAGUAUGUGGCUCGACAAAUAUUUCGCAGGCUAGCAAAACAAGGCAAGCUCUCUACCUUUGGUUUUCAACAAGACAGCUGGUCGGCUCAGUCAUCCAAGAUUCUACCCUCUACCUUGUGUCCCGCUCCUCCUGGCACACACUCUUUCCAACUUUGGGGCGAUGAUUUUCGAGCCGGCAACAUUCUCCUGACUGAAUCAGAUGAUAUUGCCGCCCUUAUUGACUGGGAAUUCACCUACGCUGCGCCGACACAGUUCAUUCUAGAUCCGCCUUGGUGGCUCCUCAUUGAAGCCGCCGAGAUGUGGUCCGCUGGAAUGGACGACUGGGUCAACACGUACGGCGUGCGUUUGAAGACUUGGCUGGUGGCGUUGGAAAAAGCAGAAGCAAACACAACAGAGUCGAGCCAUUGGCCGCAGCCACUGUCCAGGUAUAUGCGGGAAAGCUGGGAGACGGGUCGCUUUUUCCUAAGCUACGCGGCCAGGAAGAGUUGGGCGUUUGACGCCAUGUACUGGAAAUUUCUGGACGAGCGAUUCUUUGGCGCUCGUGGAGACGAUAUUGUAAAGAGUGGCUUGUGGAAAACAAGAGUCCACUUGCUAAAUGACAUGGAGAGGGAGGCUAUGAAACCGUUUGUAGAGAGGAAGAUGGAAGAAAGGCGUAUUGUAGACUGGGAUCCUAAAGAAGCGAAACAGCGAUAUUCCGAGCUUCUAUUCGAUUGA